AUGGCUGCGUACGCUCUCACAGAUUAUCGCUCGCAAGGACAGACAAUUUUGUGUGUGUUGAUUGACAUGGCAAAGCCUCCGACCAGAAAACUGAGCCUCUUCAACCUAUAUGUCGCACUGUCACGUAGUCAUGGCAGGGAUACCAUUCGAAUCCUCAGGGACUUCAAUGCAGAGAUGUUCCACGAACCUCAUGAUGAACAAUUGCUGAUGGAAGAUGAAAGACUGGCUAAACUGGACCGAGAAACGACGGAGUGGUGGACGGAAGUUCACGGGAACAGAAAUACAACAGAUGCAUAG